AUGAAGAAACCAAAGAAAGAGAAUAUCAAAAAGAUCACUGAACUACUACAUAUUCCUAGAGAUCAAACUAGUGAAGCAAGAAUUAAAAUUCAUAUACGGAAGAAAUUAAAUGAUAUAAUGCAAAAUAAUGGAGAAAUGAUAAGAUAUAAUAAAAGAUUAGUUGAAAGAGUUCAAAAAUCUUCAAGAGAAGAAAGUACAUUACGUAGAGCUUUAGGUAACCUAAAGAGAACUUAUGAUUCUGUUAUGUUUCAAGAUAGGCAGGGGAAACCGUUCAGUGUAAGUACUCUACGAUUUAAUGAUUUAAAAUUUCGUAAUGAACAAUCAAAAGUUAUAUUUGAAAAUGUAAUGAGAAUAAAAGAUGCAAAUAAAAGACAAGUUAAUAGAACAUUAGCAUUGACUUUAUUGGGAACUAAUGAAAAACAAUUAAAAGAUCCUUAUUUUAUAACUAAAAAUGUAGUUGAUUUAUUAGCAUAUGAUCAAGAAGCUCAACGAGCGUUAUAUUUAUGUCGAAUAAGUGAUAAAAGACAUGCGGUAGUUGGAAUGAAUACUAUAAUGGAAUGGUUUUUUGAUAGAAACGAUCAAAAAAAUGGAAUUAAAGUAUUUAAUGAAAGAAGAAAUUAUGGAAUUGCAAGUGAUGGAUAUACAUAUUUAAGAUUAUUUGAUGGAGUUUCAAAAACAAGUUCAUGGGGUAAAGUUAGUAAUGAAAUGAGUGAUAGAAUGAUUGAAACUUUUAAAAAUGGAAGAGAAAUUAUACAAGAUCAUAAAAAUAAAAAUUUAACUACAUCAAUUUUUAAUGCUUGUCUAAGUAUAUUGGUUAAAAAUUUUAAUCAUAGACAAGCAAAAGCUUGGGGAUUUUUUGAUGAAUUAAUGGAAGAUAAAAAGUUAAAUAUAAAGGGAAUCAUACCUGAUUCACAAACUUUUACAAUUUUGUUGCAUGGUGUUAAAAAAUAUACUGAUUUUGAAAAAAAUAAAAUUUUGGAGGAUAAUACUUUAUCAUCACAUGAACGUAUUGUUAAAUUAUUAGAUCUUGAAGCAGGUCAUAUAAAAACAGCAGAAGCAAUUUUUUUAAAAGUAAAAUCAUUAGCAAUGCCACCUAAGGAAACUUCAGAUCCUGAAGAAAACAAAAAAUUGAUAGCUAGUUGGCUCAAGACUAGAAUUCAUAUUGAUAUGCCACUAAUAGCUACAUGUAUCAGUAGUCUAUGUAGUCGUGAAUCAGGAACAGGUGUUGAUUUAAAAGGUGGUUCACAUUAUUUAUAUAAUGAAAGAGCAUUAAAAGUAUUAAGAACAGUUUCACCAGAAAUUGAAUUAAUUUUACAAUUUUUAGAAAAAAAUGAUGGAAAUGCAGAUGAACUUAUCAAGGCUUCACAAAAAGUUCAAAAUCAUACAGAUUUAAGGAUUAAAUUAGCUUUAAAUGGGUUAAAAAAUAAACCUAAAUUAACCUAUGUUGAUAAAAUUGAUGAUUUAAUACCAAAAAAUGUGAUCAAUGAAUUGGACAAUGAUAUUAAUCCAUCAGUAUACAUGAAUUAUCUUGAUAAAUUCAAGAAAACACCAGAACCAUUAAUUGAUUUUAAACGUGAUUUAAAUUUUGUUGAAAAAUCAAAUACUAAAAAGAAAUUAAAAAUUGAAAAAAAGAGAUUAGAAGAAUUACAAUAUUCAGUAAAUAAAUUUUUAUUAAAUCAAACAUUUGAUAGUUUAAUUAAUAUUGGGAAAUUUAAACAAUAUGUUGAAGCUUUUUGGUUUUCAUUAAUUCAAUGGGGUGGUUUAAGAAUUUAUCCAGCUGAUUUGAAAAGACAUAAUGUAUUAGAUAAUUUUCUUGAUAAAAUUAAAAAUGUUCGUCUGCAUCAAAAUGGUAGAAUUCCAUCAAUAAUUGAUGAUGCAAUGUUUAAUUCUUUUAUAUAUAAAGUUGGAGAAAAUGGAAGAUUAAAUGGUUCAACUAGAACUAAUAUUAUUAUGGAAAUGUUUACUGCAUUAGUAUUUGCAAGAUAUAAAGUAGAUAGUAUUGACAUUAAACAAGAUCAUAUAGAGAAUAUGUAUUCAACUUUUUUUAAAGAUAUUCAUUAUUAUAAUGAUUCCAACAAGAAGACAACAUAUAGUACAAAACCUCAUUUAACAUUCAAUCAAUUAAAUGAACUAUUAAAAAAUUUACAAACUUUUACAAAUGUUUAUUUUGCUCAUUUAAAAAAAUCUAAAACAUCAUUUAUACCAAUUGAUUUUUAUAACUUUAUGAAUAAAAUUAAUGAUACAAUAAAUUUUGCAAAUUGGUUACAAGUUGAAACUUUAGAACAAAAAAUUCAUUUAAAUAAAUUAUUGAUAAAAGCUAGUAUUAGAUAUUAUAAACCUAAAGCUAUGAUUGAAAAGGGAGAUGAUAUAAAUUAUGUUGGUUCAAUAGAAACAAAUAUAAAUAUUUUAAUGAAAUUAUAUAAUGAAGUUGAAAAUUUAGAUGAAUCAAAUCAAACUAUAAAAAGUGGAUUAAAAAAAUUAAUGUCAUUAGGUAAAAAGUCGAAAGAGGAUGAAUCAGUUGAUAACAAACUUACGAAAUUACAAAAGGAAAUUUAUGAUUUAAUAGAUGUAAAUAAAAUGGAAACUACAAUGUAA